AUGGCACUAUCAGCAUAUCGACACCUCCUACGAGCCACGCGCAUAGCAUUUCAUGAAGACUACUACUUGCUUCAUGCCGCGAGAACUCAGGCACGGACAGGCUUCGACAACUUAAGGUCCUUAGAUGCUGAUUCGGAGGAAGCUAUCAAGGGGAUUCAGCAUGCGGAAGGCGUGGCUUCAGUAUUAAGGCACAAUAUUGUGCAGGGGAAGAGGGUGGAAGGAUCGGAUGUGAUAAAGCUCAACAUACACCGUGACACCGAGCGAGGCGACAAUGACACAGUCAAGAAUCCAUUGGCGCCAGGCGGAAAGGUCAAGGUUGGAGGCCUA